CAAAUGCGAGUUUCAGGUUCUUUCUCUCUCAAUCAAUUAUGGCAAUUCAAGUUCGCUUAUGUAGUACUCUCAUUUCCCUCCUGGGUUUCCUUUCCCUCUCCUCCCUUUCAUUUGAAUCAUCAACCUCAGAUAAAGCACAAGUUCCAAAUUUCGCUUUCAGUUGGUUAAAUGACAACAACAAAUUCCAAGCUGGGGAUACAGCAGCCAUAAAGAUCAUAGUACUGGGAGAGUUUGACAGUAAAGGAAAUGUUUCACUUGAUAAAAGUGCUUUCAAUCCUACCCUUACAGUUAAUGGGAAGAGAGGAAAUAAUUCUUUUGUGUCUGGGGUUUUCCUGGAUACUGCAGGGGAUACCAGUACCUGGAGAAUUCUCUUCACUCCAAUCAGGGUUGGGGUUUUUAAUGUCUUUAUCAAUGAUGACUCUUUCAAAGUAUUUGAUUCAUCUCUCCAUUUCGAAACUGUGCCAGGUAAAAUUUAUCCAUCUGUCUGCAUAGCUUCAUGGAUGGGAUUUUUAAACGAGUUUGAAGCUGGGGAGAGAGCUACAGUUUUUAUUGCUCCUAGAGAUGCAUUUGGGAAUAAUGUUUCUUCAACUCGUGAAGAAUUGCGUCCCUAUAAUUUUACAUUGUGUGCACUUUAUGCAAAUGGUUCCCUUGCUAAUGUGCUAAACAUCACUCAUAUUGGCUGGAAUGGGCUUGGUUUUAUUAACAUUGAGUUUAUUGUGGCAAAAGCUGGAAACCUUCUAUUGCAUGUGAAAGGAGGAAAUCAAACCUUGAAUGGCUGUCCACUUCCAUUGAAGGUGAAUCCAGGGCCUCUGGAUGUUUCCAACUGCCUGCCAAAAUGGAAGUUUGAGACAAACGCUUGGCAAAUAUUUUCCAAAAUGGAAAUUUUUAUUCAUCAAAAAGAUCAGUAUGGGAAUCUUGUUUCUGGAUUAUACGAAUUUGAUGCUGAUAUUAUUGAAAAAGAUACAAAUCUGUCUAUACCUGUCGCAGAUUUGUACUUUGAAGACAUGGUACCAGGAAUACAGUUAUUCUCUUUCAGUCUAUUGGAACCAGGAAACUUCUUGCUCACUAUAUCUAAUUUGAACCAUAAUAGAAGCAUCUCCGAUAUGCCAUUUGCUUAUACUGUCUUUAUAGGUUAUUGUGAUGGAUCAGCCAGCAUUGUCAACGGAUCCGGUUUAAAUGAUUCCGUUGCUGGUGAAAUUGCACAGUUUUCGGUUUAUUUGAUUGACAUUUAUCAAUAUCCUGCUUUUGUUGAACUAGGAAGUAUUAAAGUGCAGAUUGUUAGGGAGAAUGAUUCCUAUAAUGUGCAGCCAAGCAUCUUUCCAAUCAUCCAUGGGAAUGGACCUGCUCAAGAACUCAGCUAUGCUACUAUCAGCCAAACAGAAAUUUCUCCUGCACCAUCUGAUGUUCCAAGGAACAUUUCUGCUGGACACUCGGAAGUUCUGGCCAGUGCUUUUAAUGUGAUUUAUACUGCUGAGAAGAGUGGAAUCUAUGAAAUAUAUGUAUUUUGUGGAAAUAUUUUACUGAGUGGUCACUCAUUCAGAAAGGAAGUUAGAGCAGGUGAGGUUAAUGUAUCUCUUUCAAAAGUUGUGAAAUUUGCUCCCAAGGUGCCAAAGCUUAUUGAGAAUGAAAUAUGGGUCCAAUUGAUGGACACAUUUUCUAAUCCUGUCCUGUCCCAACAGUCACUGCUGAAACUAGAGAUUGCUUCAGUCAACAGGUCUGGUUUUUCGACUGGGAUGUUUGUAGAUAAUGAUGAUGGGUCAUAUACUUGUCAAUAUAUGGCUAGAGAUGUUGGAACCUAUGAGAUGUGUGUUUCAUUUGAUGGCAUACGUUUCUCACCAUGCCCUUUUGGGGUCAAUGUGUAUGGUGGUGAAUAUUUUCCUAAAGCUUAUGAUGAUAAAAUUUCUGUGUGGGAGGAUGAGUCUAUUGCUUUUGAUGUUUUAGCAAAUGAUUACUUUGCUGGACACAAUGCAAGCAUUGUUGAAUUUUUGAAACCAGAUUAUGGUUCACUUUUACAGGAUGGACAUUUCUUUAGAUAUACCCCCUAUCAAAAUUAUUAUGGGAGUGACUCUUUUAUGUAUACAAUAUCGGAUGUAAAUGGCAAUCUUGCUUCUGCUGCUGUAAACAUUUCUGUUCUUAAUAUCCCACCCCAGUUUAUUUCAUCUCCAAGUCAACUGCAAGCAACUGAGGACAUGAUAAGCCCCAGAUAUGGUGGUUUCUCAGGGUUUGAGAUUAGGUCUUCUGAUCCAAUGGAGAACAUUUCUGUCACUCUUAGAGCAGACUCUGGAACUCUGUUUUUGUCUCCUAUGCUGAUGCAAUUUUGGCAUCCAAUUUGGGGGGAAUUUUCUGUCAAGAAAGAAGAUGAUGAAGCAAAGAGUUUGACAUUAGAGGGGUCUGUAGAUUUGAUGAAUCUAGCACUUCAGUCAAUUCAAUACCUCGGAAAUGAUAAUUUCAGUGGUGAUGAUACUGUUCGUGUUUCUGCCGGCAACAAGAAUGGGAUAACUGAUUUAGCAGUUCCAGCUUUUGUGGAGCCUAUCAAUGAUCCUCCAUUUAUUAACGUUCCCAAAUUUAUCACAUUGAAGGGCAAUGAGGAUGAGUCACUGAUCUUUAACAAAGCUAGAGACAAGUUUGAGUUUUGUGUUGGAGAUCCAGAUCUUCUUAACUUCCCUGGCAAAGAGUCUCGCUUUAUAGUCGCAUUUUCUGUUGAAGUUGAUGAUGGAUUUUUGGUAACCAGCCUACCAGCUGAACUUAUAGAUACAACUGAGCUGAGGCUAAUGAAUAGCUAUCAAUGGCAACCUCUUCAGACAUAUGUUACUAUCUCAAAGCGUUUUAUGGUCAAAGCUAAAGGAAUCAGAUUUCAGGGGACAAUUAUUGAUUGCAACGUUGUCAUGCAACAACUAUCAUAUCAUGGUGGAGAAAAUGGUGCUGUUUUGACGCUGAAAUUAAAUGAUAUGGGACAUUAUGGUUGUUAUUCAGAUUGUGCUGACAAUAUUUCAAUGCCUUUACAUGUCAAGGCUUCUGUAAAUCUUAUCCGAAAAAGGCCAAUGAGUUCAUUGGCAGUUCAUACCCUUGGAUCAGCUGUCAUUAUUGAAUUUCUUAUGGUUCUCUCUUUUGGAGUUGUACUUCUAUUCUUCACAUGCAAAUGUGCAAUUCUUCUUGUGAAUGAAAGAAGCAACUGCAAAUUCCAAAACUCUAAACAGUCUGGUUUGCGAAAUUUUCAAAAGGAAUCUUCAAGGGUUGAUUUAUCUGAGAAAACAACUGAAUUCACUGGUGGUUGUUCUCGACUUCUCUCACUCUUCCAUCGACCUUCGAACUUUCGACAGCGCUCUUGCCGUCACUUUGGAGUCAGAGAAUCUGGCCUGGAUGUACAUAGCCCCUCUCAAUCUACUAGUGGUCACCGUCUAAAAAACCUGCCUAGUUUUAUGCCACUUGCUAUUGAGAAGGUUUCAUAAACAAGAAGUUGAUCUAUUGUGUGAAAUUAUAAACCAUGCGAUGUAGACAUUCGAGGAAUUGAGAAGACAUUAGAUUGUUUUACUACUGUUA